CACACUCUCUGGUACACACGCGCGCACUGACGCACACUCAGACUCGCUCUGUCGGACCCGGGAGGAAGAGGAACAGAAAGGAGAGAGCUUCUGUUUAUUUGCCUCCAACUUCUCUCUUUGCUUCUACUUGUGUCUUUCUGUCUCUUCUAAUCCACCAAUGCGAGGAUUGUAUUCCUGUUAUCACUCUUGUUAUCGCAGCUGUCCCGAACUAAGGAAACCCAGUUUAAGGACCAGACGGGAGUAUGUAAAAUAACCCGCGCGACUGAGCACAACAAGAAAAAGAAGAACAGAAAUGGAUAAACGGAGUUAUUCUCUCGUUCUGCCUGCAGCUUUCCUCUACUUUGCACUUUUGGGAUUUACUGCUGGACAAUUAUUUCCAGGUGGCUGUACAUUUGAGGAGUCGUACAGCAGCUGCGGUUACAGCGUUUCUCUCGGAACCAAUGGAUUUACCUGGGAACAAGUCAACUCCUGGGAAAAACCCACCAUGGACCCCGCCUUGCCUACUGGUUCGUUCAUGGUGGUGAAUGCGUCGGGUCGGGCGUCGGGGCAGAAGGCUCACCUUUACAUGCCCACCCUGAAGGAAAAUGACACCCACUGCAUCGACUUCCUGUACUCCCUGUCCAGCCGGGACGGAGCCAGCCCGGGCACGCUCAACGUCUAUAUCAAGGUGAAUGGAGGCGCUCAGGGUAACCCAGUAUGGAACGCCUCUGAUACUGUAACUGAAGGCUGGGUGAAGGCUGAGCUGGCCAUUUCUACAUUCUGGCCUAACUCCUAUCAGGUAAUAUUUGAAGCGGUUUCAGUUCAAGGCCAUCCAGGUUUCAUCGCCAUCGACGACAUACGAGUUCUGGCUCACCCCUGCCGUAAAGCUCCUCACUUCCUGCGUCUGCAAAAUGUGGAAGUGAACGUGGGUCAGAAUGCUACGUUUCAGUGUACCGCGGGAGGGAAAUGGUCUCAGCACGAUAAACUCUGGCUACAGCAGUGGAAUGGCAGAGACACGGCGUUGAUGGUGACCAGGGUGGUGAACCACCGACGUUUCUCCGCAACCGUCAGUGUUGGCGACACAUCGCAGCGCAGCACCAGCCGGUACCGCUGUGUCAUCCGGUCCGACGGCGGCUCAGGGGUGUCCAACUACGCCGACCUCAUCGUUAAAGCUCCACCCACCCCCAUCGCUCCGCCUGAGCUUCUCGCGGUCGGUGCCACUUACCUUUGGAUCAAACCCAACGCCAACAGCAUCAUUGGCGACGGGCCGAUCAUCCUGAAGGAGGUGGAGUACCGAACCACCUCAGGUAACUGGGCGGAGACCCACGUGGUGGACUCGCCCACCUAUAAACUGUGGCAUCUGGACCCAGAUGUGGAGUACGAGAUCAAGGUCCUGCUGUCCAGACCUGGGGAGGGAGGAACAGGGCCGCCGGGGCCGCCGCUGGUCACCAGGACUAAAUGUGCAGAUCCAGUCCACGGUGCCCAAAAUGUGAACGUGGUGGAUGUCAGAGCGCGCCAGCUGACUAUCCAGUGGGAGACGUUUGGUUACGCUGUGACUCGCUGCCACAGCUACAAUCUGACGGUCCAGUACCAGUAUGUGUUUAACCAGCAGGAGUUUGCAGCAGAGGAGUUGAUCCAGACCUCAUCACAUUACACCCUGAGGGGGCUGAGGCCCUUUGUCACGGUCAGACUGCGGCUUGUUCUGGCCAAUCCCGAGGGCAGCAAGGAGAGCGAGGAGAUCGUCAAACAGACGGAGGAGGAUGUGCCGGGCUCCGUGCCGAUGGAGUCUCUGCAGAACACGCCGUACGAGGAGAAGAUCUUCAUGCAAUGGAAAGCUCCCAAUGAGACCAACGGGGGCAUCACGCUGUACGAGAUUACCUACAAGGCCCUGAGCUCGUUUGACCCCAGCGCCGAUCUGACAACCCAGAGGGGAAGGGUGUUCAAGCUGAGGAACGAGACCCACCACCUGUUCGUAGGUCUCUACCCUGGGACCACCUACUUCUUCACCCUCAAAGCUUCCACCAACAAGGGCUUUGGCCCACCUGUCACCACCCGCAUCACCACCAAGAUAGCAGCCCCCCUGAUGCCAGAAUACGAGUCCGAGGCUCCGCUGAACGAGACAGAGACGACCAUCACCAUCCUGCUAAAGCCUGCCCAGUCACGUGGCGCACCUAUAAGCUCCUACCAGCUUGUUGUGAAGGAGGAGCGCAAGUCCAAGACCCGCCGCGCCGCCUCCGAAGCCCCCGAGUGUUUCUCCGCCCCUGUCAGCUUCCGCAAUGCUUCCAUCUUGGACUCCCCUUACUACAUCGCUGCUGAACUGCCCCCUUCCAGCCUCACGGUCGUACAGCCAUUCACUGUCGGAGACAACAAAAGCUAUGGAGGUUUCUGGAAUCCUCCGCUGUCACCGGCCAAGAGCUACAGCAUCUACUACCAGGCCAUGAGCAGAGCCAAUGGGGAAACCAAAAUCAACUGUGUCCGCCUGGCGAACAAAGUGGUAAUAGGUAGGGGACAAAUAACAACGCCGUACAUUCUAGUCAUCCCAAGCGAAGGUGCAUCCACCCAGGACUCAGAUGCAAUGGAGCCAGAGAAGCAGGUGGACAGCACAGUGAAAAUGGCGGGAGUCAUCGCAGGGAUCCUCAUGUUCAUCAUCAUCCUCCUCGGCGUCGUCCUCACAUUCAAACGCAGAGAGAUUCACACGUGGAGAACUCUGAGCGUGGGGAAGUUGGCGAAGAAGCAGAAGGAGACCGCCAGCAGCUCCACGCAGCAGAGGGAGAUGGGUCCGGUCACCACGGCGGAUAAGAGCACCACCAAAGUCACCACCCUGCACAAAGACGACCCCUUCUCCACCUCCAACCAGGACCUCAACGGAUUCACCUCCCCCUCUCCCUGCUCCUUUUCUGUGCAGGGAAGCAAGACACUGCAGAGCAAAUCCCUGCUGAAUUCCUACUACUCAGUGUCUAAAGAGCCAGUUCCAGCCACAACUUCCAUAGACAGCAGCCAGCCGUCACUCGCCCAGCCCUCUCUGACCCUGCAGAGUUUUCCCUACGGAGGCUGUGAGUCUGUGGAGAUCUCCUACCAAAGUGGUCAGUUCCAGCCAGGACAGUUCCAGCCAGCCAUCCGAGUGGCAGACCUCCUGCAACACAUCACCCAGAUGAAAUGUGGACAGGGCUAUGGUUUCAAAGAGGAAUAUGAGGCCCUGGCGGAGGGACAGACGGCGCCCUGGGAGACGGCCAAGAAGGACGAGAACCGCAACAAGAAUCGCUAUGGCAACAUCAUCGCUUACCCCACAGACGAUCACACCAGAGUCCGACUGCAGCUGCUGGACGGAGACCCCCAUUCUGACUACAUCAACGCCAAUUAUAUUGACGGAUACCACAGACCCAGACAUUACAUCGCCACACAAGGGCCCAUGCAGGAGACAGUGAGGGACUUCUGGAGGAUGGUCUGGCAGGAAAACUCGGCCUCUAUCGUCAUGGUUACCAACCUGGUGGAGGUCGGCAGGGUGAAGUGUGUGCGUUACUGGCCGGAUGAGACGGAGGUUUAUGGAGACAUCAAGGUGACCCUGAUAGAAACUGAACCACUGGCUGAAUACGUCAUCAGGACGUUCACCGUCCAAAAGAAGGGUCAUCAUGAGAUCCGUGAACUCCGCCAGUUUCAUUUCACCAGCUGGCCCGACCAUGGAGUUCCCUGCUACGCUACCGGACUACUUGGCUUCAUACGUCAGGUCAAGUUUCUCAACCCGCCGGAUGCUGGACCUAUAGUGGCACACUGCAGUGCCGGUGCAGGGAGGACAGGCUGUUUCAUUGCAGUGGACAUCAUGUUGGACAUGGCAGAGAAUGAAGGCGUGGUCGACAUUUUCAACUGCAUCCGAGAGCUGAGAUCACAACGAGUCAACAUGGUGCAGACUGAGGAGCAGUACGUGUUUGUUCACGAUGCCAUCUUGGAGGCGUGUCUAUGUGGGAAUACAGCCAUACCAGUGUGUGAGUUCAGAGCCAUUUACUACAACAUCAGCAGACUGGACCCACAGACCAACUCCAGCCAGAUUAAAGACGAGUUCCAGACUCUGAACAUAGUGACCCCAAGAGUCCGUCCAGAGGACUGCAGUGUUGGUUUGCUACCCAGGAACCACGACAAGAACCGCAGUAUGGACGUUCUGUCAGCAGACCGAUGCCUUCCUUUCCUAAUAUCUGUGGACGGAGAGAGCUCCAAUUACAUAAAUGCUGCAUUGAUGGACGUAAGUAGCCACAAACAGCCAGCGGCCUUCAUUGUUACCCAGCAUCCUUUGCCCAACACCAUGGGCGACUUCUGGAGGCUGGUGUUCGACUACAAUUGCUCCUCCAUCGUAAUGCUCAACGAGAUGGACGCAGCGCAGUUAUGUAUGCAGUACUGGCCAGAGAAGAGUUCAUGUUGCUACGGUCCCAUUCAAGUCGAAUUCAUAUCGGCGGACAUUGAUGAAGACAUAAUCAACCGAAUCUUCAGGAUCUGCAACAUGGCCCGGCCACAGGACGGUUACCGCCUCGUGCAGCACUUUCAGUUCAUCGGCUGGCCGGCCUACAGGGACACGCCCCUCUCCAAACGCUCCAUCCUCCAGUUGGUCAGGAGGUUGGCGAAGUGGCAGGAGCAGUACGACGGAGGAGACGGCAGGACUGUCGUACAUUGCCUUACCGGCGGAGGGCGUUCUGGAACCUUCUGUGCCAUCUGCAGCAUCAAUGAGAUGAACCAGCAGCAGAACAUCGUGGAUGUUUUCCACACCGUCAAAACACUGAGGAACAACAAGACUAACAUGGUGGAGACGAUGGAGCAGUAUAAGUUCUGCUAUGAAGUGGCUCUGGAGGCGCUCAGCUCCUUCUGAUUGGCUGCGGGCUGACAUUCUCUUUUCUGAUUCGCCGUUGACGCUGCCUGUCAUUCUCAACGCACCACUGGGACACACAAAGUGCAAAAAACGGCUUUGUGUUGACCCAACCCCCGACCUGUGAGCAUGUGUGCCUGUGUGUGUGUGUUUGCGAGUGUGUGCACGUGAUUCCGUGUGAAUAACAGAGGGCAUGCUUGCAUAUUUGAGUGUGCGCGUGCGUAUCUACGUGUGUGCCUACGACAACACACACACACACAACCUGUACAGAAGAGAAAAAAAGCGACAAACAUACACACUUGUGAUUUUCGUGCGUGUGUGUUCGCUUCAGUGAGACUGUGAACUUUACAUGCUUGUACAAAGAAAAAAAAAUGAUAUGCUGAAAAACAAAAUCAGAUGUUUAAAAAAAAAAAAAGCACCACUUUUUUCCUUCUCUAUCUCUCUGUCCUCUCUGCUGGGCUGUGAUGUGACUAUUGUACAGUAUUUCCUUUUUAGAUAUAUUCUACGCCUUGAAUGUUGUCUCCCUGUGAAGGCUGGAUGCACACUGGAAGACUUUUCACAUUUAGCGAAGGUUCAAGUGACGCCUCAACGCUGCACUUUGGACCCAGAGUAUAAAAAAAGUGUGUUUGGCUGAGAUGUCGUCGAUAGGUGAGGAAAGCUGGAUCAAAGACCAACACACAGCUGUUGAUGUUUACUUGUGGCCGGGGCCACUUGACUGCCUCAAUGUGAAACACUAAUUAUACUUGUAAUUCAGUAAUUGGCUACAAAACGUUUGGUUUCUUCUCCUUCGCGCUGCAUCACGACAGUAUGGUUUUCUUUUGACGGUUCUGCUUCUACUGGGAAAAAAAAGGUUACAAAUCCCAGUAAAACAGGAAGAAGCAUGCAACAAGAUCCACUUAGUGAAGCCAAGUGCAUGGGGAAGAGGAACAACAGCAUUGAAUAGACAAAAACAAAAGAGAAAUCUUUCUUUGCCUUUAAGACCAAACGUUGGUGUCUCUGCUCCAGGGUUUUAUAAUUGGGGCUGUAAGAAAAAAAAAAAUUCAUAAAUGUUUUGGGAUGGCUUUCUCUUAUAGUGUGCAUCCACCCUUACUGUAAAUAAGAUACGACAACCACAGUCAAACAAACACACAUGGAACAUCCUGCAGACACAAACAAAGGUAAUCAUUUCCAAACAAUAUCGCUCGAUUCAACGACAUGGUAUUAUAGUUUGGAGCAAAGUUUUAUGUUACUUUCUACAAACUGUCCAUUUAGACAUGUUGUCUAAAGAAUUAAGAUAUAUAUUUUUGCAUAUUGCACAUUAAGCCACCGCCCACAUCCAGAGUGACUUACGACGAGGAAGCAGAAUGCGUCAACGUUUCUUCCUUAAGGAGACUAGUAGAGCAAACAUGUGACGCUCUGGGUACAGGACUCUUUUUCAAACAACAACAACUGCACUCACAAACAUACUCGAUGAAAAAAAAAAAAAAAAAUCCAUCAGGUCGAUGAGAAACUAAACAAAAUGUAACUUAUUCUACUUUUCUUUUGUCCGUUUGGUUUGUGUGGUUUGGUCUCUCCUGAAGUGCAGGCAGGCAAAAGCAAUCAAUCAAGAUGUUUUCAGUAGCUUGUAGAUUUCUACAGUUAGAGCUGUGUUCUGUUGGGUUUGAUGAUUGGGGCUUUACCUGGGCUGUGAACAUUGUGUAUUCUUUAUUUUAUUUGUACCUUGUCUCGAGAGCAGAUGGGGUUUAUUUAAACACACUCACAUUUGUGCCCAAUUGUGUUGUUCCUUCACCUGAAGCAGCUAAGUUGAACAGCAUUAACCUGGCAGGAAGCAAUAUGCAGGAAAACAUUUUGCACGUAAUCUUUUUUUCAAAUAUGUAUCGGUAUCAGACGCAUCAGGAUUGGACAUGAAAAGACCGCAGUGUAGACUUCACGGUGAUUUAAAAAGACUUGUUAAGUGUCCUUGAUUGAAAUCAGAUCCACGAGCCAUGCGAUGUUUAAUGUGAUGCAUUGUGGAAGUUUAGGGAUUACACAGUUUUCCCAGCAUGCCAUGUGUCAUUACAGUCACAACAAAAAGAGAAAGGUCACAUUUACUUCUCCCUAUCUUGAUCCCUAACUUCUCCGAUCUAUUAGGAAAUGAUUCCGGUUGAUGAUUGACCCCAGGGUGAGAGAAGGGCAACAUGGCUGCCGUGUGGAGAGUGGGAGUUAAUAUGACUCGUACAGGAUGUGACGCUGACCUCAUUAUCUCAUCCGAUCAGAUGUUUGACAUUUGUCUUUAUCUGUUGUCCAUUUAAGACAUGAAGACAAAACCGACUUCCUGUUUUGGCGGCCUCUGAACAUUUAGGGAUCAUUUGGUCGUAUAGUCGUAUAUGAAGAACAAGACACCAGAUUAAGGGCUUGAUUUUUAAAUGCCGUGGAUCUAAUUUAGAAGAACCUUUGAAACUACUGACAGAAGCAAUGUUGUAAAACAAUAUCUAAAGAGAAGAACCCCCCCCAUUGUAACCCAUAAUGUGAUUUAUAUCGGCCAUUAUUCAUUCCAGCAUGUGUCGGUAUUUUGAGACGAUGGAUUAAUCAGUUUGAAAUAAAAUAUCACGUUUCACAAAGGUCUCUGUUGAACAUUUAUUUAGUUAGUAACGUUUGCUUGUAAGUUUCAAUUCUCUCGGCCAGAACCGGCACACUUGUGGCAAAAUGUUGUGCAAACUGUUCAAUCUGCGCUUGAUUUGUACUUUGUUUGCUUGGAGUCCAGUCAGGCUCGCUAACGGACCUAUCGCGAUAAAGACUGUGUUGUAUUGAAGACGAUGUGAAAGCCAGUAAUGUUUAGCGUUUUUUAUUUCCACUAUAAGGCUUUAUUUCUAUUGGCUCGGUUCAUGGCCGUUCAUCUGUAUUAUAUAUUUUUGUUUGUUUUCUUUUGGGAUUUUGUUUUUUAUGUUGAGAAUUUGUACAUUUCUUUUGUAUAAUUAUUAUUCUGAUGAUUAUUUGUCUAGCAGUGUUGUUUAGAUCUGGUGAUGCCAUUACCAUUGGUUGUUUAGUUGUUUGAAAUGUGGUUAACAUGAAAUAAAGGGACCAAAAUGUU